UUGCAUAACAAGCGCCUGUUCGAAGUAGUAAAAAGGACUAUCGUAAUAUUUUCAUAUUGAGACUAAAUUCAACAUGCUUCGUGGGCUUAUUCUAUUACACAGUUGCAAAAAUCCUGGAAUUUAUUUACAAAGAACGGGUUUUUCCGCAUCAUUACUGGCCAGGCAAAGCAGCUCACUGGCCUUUGCGGCGAUAAAUCAGACAAGAGUCGCUUGGAACUAUAUCAAGAAGGGAACAAAUGUUUUGCAGUCAAGAUCACAAGGCUUAGGUGUAAUCUGCAGGAGACUUCUCGUCUCUGAUCCUGCAGCAGUACCAUUUGCUGAAACAGCUAUAGCUAAAAAGAUAACAGGUUACUGGCUGUUAGGUUGUGCUGGCAUGACGUUUGCUAUGGUGGCGUUGGGCGGAAUCACUAGGCUGACUGAAUCAGGCCUAUCAAUGGUAGACUGGGACCUAAUCAAGGGAAUGAAGCCGCCAACCACUCAAGCUGAAUGGGAGGCUGAGUUCGCAAAGUACCAAGAAUUCCCUGAAUACAAAAUCUCAAACCAAGGCAUGUCUCUGGCAGACUUCAAGCGCAUCUGGUACAUGGAGUACUUCCACCGCAUGUGGGGCAGGGCUAUCGGAGUCGUCUACUUUUUACCAGCUGGUUAUCUCUGGGCAAGGGGGUACUUUAAUAAAUCCAUGAAGAUCAGAGUUGGUGUACUAGGGGGACUUUUGGUUUUUCAGGGUUUGCUGGGCUGGUACAUGGUCAAGAGUGGCCUUGAUGAGGAACUUAUCGGUAACAACAUUCCUCGCGUCAGUCAGUACCGGCUUGCCUCGCAUCUAGGCUCUGCUAUCGUCUUUUAUAUGGGACUCCUUUGGUGUUCCUUGGGCCAGCUGUUGCCACGCAAUCAGUAUGAGCUAACAAAGGAGCUGCGGAGGUUUCGCAUGUAUACGCACAGCUGCAAAGGACUUGUAUUCCUUACUGCUAUAUCAGGGGCAUUCGUCGCUGGGUUAGAUGCCGGCCUUGUGUACAACUCGUACCCAAAGAUGGCGGGCCGAUGGAUUCCCACCGAUCUUUUCGCGCAAAGUCCAACAUGGCGGAACUUCUUCGAGAAUGCCACCACCGUCCAGUUCGAUCAUAGAAUUCUGGGGAGUACUACGGUUGCCGCCGUCGCUAUGCUGUGGGGACUCGCCAGACCGCUUGCCUUACCAGGGCGGGCUCGCCUUGCUGUCAACUGUCUUGUAGGGAUGGCUUCAGUCCAGGUGACGCUUGGUAUCCUGACCCUCCUGUACUUCGUUCCGACUCACCUUGCCGCGACGCACCAGUCCGGCUCUCUCGUCUUGCUAUCUAUCGCUCUGUGGCUCAGCACCGAGUUGAGGAAACCUUUAGCAGCCGUUCCCAAAUAGAGAGCUAUAGGGGUUCUUGCCUAAAUUGACGGCAAGCAUGCAGAAUUGUUCCUGUAGCUGUGUUUCCUUUAUAGGCAGCUACAGAGUACCAACAGGUUGACAAAAGAAAUUGCUGUAGAACUAGAACAAUUUUGGCAGUAAUGUGCAAGUCAAAUGUUGACAGCCUUACACACCCAAGAGCCUCUAUGAAGAGAUUUAACAACAAAUCUAAGUCAACAAGAGUAAUGCAAAUCCCUCCGAGUUGCAGAUAACAUUCAAUCCGAACCCUCUUAUCCGCUUUUUGUCAAGUAGUUUGUUCGUAUGUCUGAUAAUAGAUGUGUUAUUUCUACACGUAUGAGACCCAUCGAGUCUUUCGGUUGAGCUUUUCAGUUCUCUUGAAGGCCUUGAGAAAAUGGUAAAAAAUAUUUGUUUUGAUGGUGUCGUGAAAACAUUAUUAAUAUAAAGACAAAAUAAAAAGAAUGCAAACAUU